UCCCUCCAGUGUUCUUCAGCUACCUAGAUCUAGAAAGUAGCAAAAAGGAAAUGUCUCUUCAGAUUUCUAGAGUCCCAUCUUCUUCUCCUGCUGAAAAAACGAGCCAGGUCCCCGAAGGCAUAUCAGAAAUUUUUCAUCUAACCAUAUGGGGGGAUUACUUUCUCAAAUAUGCUUCCGACUCCAACUUGACGAGUUCUGAUGGCGUAGUAGAGGAACAUAUUGAGAGAUUGAAAGGAGAAGUGAGGAAGAUGUUGACGGGUGCUAUGGAUAAGCCAUCACAAAAGUUGAAUUUGAUUGAUGAGAUCCAACGCUUGGGAUUUGCCUACCAUUUUGAACAUGAGAUAGAUGAGCAGCUAGAACAAAUCCAUAGAAGCUAUUUCGAGUUUCACUAUGGCGAUAAUGAUGACAACCUUCACACUGUUGCUGUUCUCUUUCGAUUAUUACGACAACAAGGUUACAAUGUUUCAUGUGAAAUUUUUAAUAGGUUCAAGGACAGUGAAGGAAAUUUCAACAAAUCAAGCAUCGCUGACGUGCAGGGAAUGCUAAGUCUAUUCGAAGCUUGCCAUCUAAGUUAUCACGGCGAUGAUAUUUUGAAUGAUGCACUCGCCUUUACUAUAUCUCACCUUGAAUCAAUUGAGAAAAAGAAAGUAAGCCCUAAUCUCGUAAAACAAGUGAGUCAUGCCUUGCAUCAGCCAAUCCAAAAGGGUUUGCCAAGGCUAGAGGCGAGGCGUUACAUUCAAUUCUACCAAGAGGAGCCUUUGCAUAAUGAAGUCCUGCUCUCUUUGGCUAAGCUCGAUUUCAAUUCAUUGCAAGAGCAACACCAGAAAGAACUCGGCAACCUCACCAGGUGGUGGAAGGAUAUAAAUAUAGAGAAGGAGUUUCCAUUUGCUAGAGAUAGGCUUGGGGAGCUGUAUGUCUGGAUGUUAGGAAUUUAUUUCGAGCCGGAGUACGAGAUUGCUAGAGGAAUAGUAACCAAAAUGAUGGUCAUCCUUUCCAUUCUCGACGACAUCUAUGAUGUCUAUGGCACAUUGGAAGAACUAGAACUCUUCACGGAAGCAAUUGAAAGGUGGGAUGUUGAUGCCAAAGAAGGAUUGCCAAAGUGCAUGCAAGUGUUUUACAAGACACUUCUUGAUUUUUAUGAUGAAAUUAGCAACGAAUUGGCUAGAAAAGGAAGAUCAUACCGCCUCUUCUAUGCAAAAGAAGUGAUGAAAAUUCAAGUGAGAGCAUACUUGGCGGAAGCCAAAUGGUUCCACCAUAGUCACGUACCGACGAUGGAGGAGUACAUGCCUAUUGCAUUAAUAAGCAUUGGUACUCAAUUGACAUUUGUGACAGCGUUUUUGGGAAUGGGAGAUAUUGUAACAAAAGAUGCUUUUGAUUGGUUAUUGUCUAGCGACCCCAGGAUAGUCAAGGCUUCACAAGUAAUCGGUCGGCUUAUGAAUGACAUUGCUGGACACAAGUUUGAGCAAGAGAGAGGUCAUGUGGCAUCUUCAGUGGAGUGUUUCAUGAAACAAUACAGUGUUACAGAGGAAGAGGCAAAGAAGGAACUCUGUAAACAAGUGGCCAAUGCGUGGAAGGACAUUAACGAAGAGUUGCGCCGUCCGACUGCCGUUCCCAUGGUACUCCUCAUGCGAAUUAUCAAUCUUGCACGAGCCACGCAUGCGGUAUAUGAAGAUGAAACAGAUCACUACGUCAAUGCUGGGACCAAUUUCAAAGAGUUUGUGACUCUUCUGCUCGUCAAUCCAUGCCAAUGUGAUGGGUCGGAAGAACACGGUUAAUUACCAAGCCGUCAUCGAUCGCGUCAGACAUUUCCGAACGAUUUGAAUUGUCUGUUAACUCUUGAUCAAUGCUCUUUUCUGGCCUGAGAACCGCCGUGCGGUGCCCGCACCCCUUCCUUUUUUUUUUUUAUUCUUCCCGAGUGGGUUUCGAAUAAAAGAAAACUAGAGGAGUCUGUGAAAAAUGUGAUGCUGGAAUAUUUGAAUGUUUUAUAAU